CAGUUAAUGACUGGACUUUGGACUUGAAGGACAGUUAAAACUCCAGGCAGCUGAGAGAGGAUUCAUUUCCUCCUUGGAUUAUCAAGCAAGAGCAGCCACCAUGAGGCUUCUCUUUCUCAGUCUCCUUUUGGUCUCUACCUCAUUAAUCAAUGGCAGAGCUAGUGAUGCUUCAACUCCAACAUCUGCCUCCUCUGGGUCUGGUGAUGCUUCAACUCCAACAUCUGGCUCCUCUGGGUCUGGUGAUGCGUCAACUCCAACAUCUGGCUCCUCUGGGUCUGGUGAUGCGUCAACUCCAACAUCUGGCUCCUCUGGGUCUGGUGAUGCUUCAACUCCAACAUCUGGCUCCUCUGGGUCUGGUGAUGCUUCAACUCCAACAUCUGGCUCCUCUGGGUCUGGUGAUGCUUCAACUCCAACAUCUGGCUCCUCUGGGUCUGGUGAUGCUUCAACUCCAACAUCUGGCUCCUCUGGGUCUGGUGAUGCUUCAACUCCAACAUCUGGCUCCUCUGGGUCUGGUGAUGCUUCAACUCCAACAUCUGGCUCCUCUGGGUCUGGUGAUGCUUCAACUCCAACAUCUGGCUCCUCUGGAUCUGGUGAUGCUUCAACUCCAACAUCUGGCUCCUCUGGGUCUGGUGAUGCGUCAACUCAGCCCCCUGCUACGUCUCCACAGACUAACUCUUCAGUAACAACCCCAGGUUCCAGUAAUCCUUGCGAGCCUAACCCCUGUGGACGAUAUGCUUCUUGUGUUAGGCUGUAUUCCGGUCACUUCUGCUUGUGUUCACAAGGCUAUUACUAUCAAAACUUGUCGUGUGUGAAAGGAAAGACAUUCCCUGGGGAGAUCAGCACGACAGUGCCGGACUCAUCUGACUUGGAAAAUGAAAACUCUAAGGCCUAUCAAGACCUUUACAAUGACCUUGUCAAAUUUUUUAAAAAAGCACUUGAUAAGACUGGUUUUGGUUUUGGACAGACUGUAAUUCUUAAAGUGAGUGCCUCCUCUUCUCUGUCAGCAAGGUCUGCAAUACGUGCUGCUGAAAAGCUUGUCUAUGCAUCAGUAAUAAAUAUGUUUGAUGAAAACACAGCUCAAAAUGAAAGUACUAUAACUGCUGCAAUUGAAGAGCAAAUUAAGAAAGACGGAAAUGUGAUGGUGAAGUAUGCUAAACAAGAUGUGUGUGACCUUUACAACUGUGUAAAGAAUGGCAAAGACGACUGUCAGAAUGGUCUCCAAUGCCAGUGCAAACCUGGAAUGAUAAGGCCUAACAAAGUGACUCCUUAUUGUGUUUCUUCUGGGGAGUGUGCUGGGCCCUGCAGUGCACAGGAAAGGAAGCAAUGCAUAAAGAAGGAUAACGAAGAACCGAAGUGUGUGUGCAUGCCAGGCUACCAGAAUAGUACUAGUGGGAAGUGCGAAGAGUGUCCGUUCGGCUAUAGUGGCGUGGAUUGCAACGACAAAUUCCAGCUGAUCCUCACCAUCGUGGGCACCAUUGCCGGAGCCCUUGUUCUCAUCUUGCUAAUUGCUCUUAUCGUCUCAGUGAGCUCAAAGAAGAAAAAGAAGAAUGUGGAGGAACAGAAGUUGAUUGAGGACGACUCUCGGAAUAUACGAAUGCAACAAGCUGGCUUCAGCAACUCCGGCUUCAGCAACUCUGGCUUCAGCAACACUGGCUUCAGCAACUUUGGAGGAGACAACAGCAUCUUCCCCAAAGUCAGGACAGGGGUCCCCAGUCAGACCCAAAAUCCCUAUGUAAACCAGCGAAGCAUGUCUCGCCCUGACUACUAGUUUGGAUAUCUUUUCUAAGCCGCAUUGCUGUCUCUUUCUCCUCCUGUAUAGAAUGACAAGAAUAUGAAGCCCUCCCUAUCCCCACCUCCAGAAGCUGUGAUCUUGAGUGUUUAGAGAGCAAGGAAAGUGGGCAGAGACAAAGGCCUGACCUUCAGGGUUCUCUCCACCACAUCUGUCAAUCCCUCUGAGUGUGGACCUGUGUGAAGAAUGCCGCUUGCUGAGGACACCUAUAACAUUAAAUGCCUAGACACCAUAAGCCUUGUAUGUGUUGAUUUUCUCCAGUUAGUACAAAAUGCUAAGUCGGUGAUUGGUGUAGUGCUUUUCUUUCCUGGUGGGCCAACAGCAUUUCCAAUCUAGAGCAUGACUCAUUUCUGGGCAGUGGGCUCCUGGGCUCUGGUCUCUGGCCACCAGCAAACAGCUAGUGGCUUGUGAUAGGGCCUCCCUCCAAGAAGACAGGCAGAGCACAGAGGCAUCUCCCAGCUUUCUCAGGAGGACUACAGGAAUCCAGGAACCUUCUGAUGAGAAACUGAAAGCGUGGCCUAGCUCUGUCCUCCAUGGGGACAUUCAAGUCUUUCAGAUGUUCAUUGGGAGGAGAAGCAAGAGGAAAACCAAGAGCAUAGGAGGUAGAGGGAGACCUAGGAGGUCAUGCUGUUCCCUAGAUGUCCCUCCUCAGGCAGCACAUCGGCAUUUCUCAGAGGCUGCCCUCCCCAAGACACAGAUCCUGGGAAAGUCAUAAAAGCAGGAAGUCAGUGUGAAGUCCCCGUGACAGCACAGGCCUUCUGCCUGGAGCUGUGCCAAAGGGUCCCAGUGUUCACUCUAUGAUGUACAUUCCAUGGGUGCUUCACUGGGCCUCACCUGCUCCAUGAUGGAAGCUUAGCAGAGCCCACCAACCUUGUGUACACACACACACACACACACACACACACACACACACACACACACACACACGACAAAAACACCCAGCAGUCUUUUUAAAUGUUAAUUGUGCCCCUGUGUCUGUCUGAUGUCUGGUCCUCUUGAAAGGUACUUUUGUUAUUAUAAUUUGUUUUUUGACUGUUGAUUGUGAAAGGCAAUGAUGCAAUAAAACAUCUUUGGUA